UUAUAUGGCAUCUAAACACACCUUAUAAAUUAAAAUGACGUAAAUAUUUCGAGAAAAUUAUACAUUUCUAAACAUUAAAUUUUGGUAUUGUUUACUUUUAAGAAAUGCGUGCAUCAAUUCCCCCAGGAAUUAGGGUCGUACGUGGGCCAAAUUGGAUAUGGCAAAAUCAAGACGAAGGAGAAGGUCAUGUUGGAACUGUUUGUGAAAUAGGACGUUCAGGAUCAAUUCAUUCGCCUGAGAACACUGUUGUUGUUAAUUGGGAUUCUGGACAUAGAACUAAUUACCGCGUUGGUUAUCAAAAUCAAUACGAUUUAAUAAUUGUAGAUAAUGCACAAGUAGGUGUCCGACAUUCAAAUGUAGUGUGUGAUGGAUGUUCAAAAGGAGGUAUAGCAGGAAUAAUUUUUAAGUGUGUACAAUGUUGUAAUUAUCACUUGUGUUCGUACUGUUACGGAGCUGAUUUGCACGAUAAGGAACACCCUUUUAUACGUUAUACCUCACCAACUUCAAUAGGUGUUCGAGUUCCGUCCAGGAAAGGAUCAAAACGCAUACAAUUAAAGGGUAUAUUUGUUGGAGCCAAAGUCGUACGGGGACCCGACUGGGAGUGGGAACAACAAGACGGUGGAGAAGGUAAAACUGGACGUGUUAUGGAAAUACGAGGUUGGGAUAAUGAAUCUUGCAGAAGUGUAGCAAAUGUUUCUUGGACUACAGGCUCUACUAAUGUUUAUCGAUUAGGACAUAAAGGAAACGUUGACCUGAAAUACGUUAUACCGACAUCAGGUGGAUAUUAUUAUAAAGAUCACAUGCCAGUUUUAGGCCAUAUAGAAGAACAACAACCAGUGGUACCAACAGUGAAACCAAUGUUUUCUGUAGGUGAUCGUAUUAAAGUUUGUCUGGAGGUGGAUGCACUUAUGAAACUUCAACAGGGUCAUGGUGGGUGGAAUCCUCGUAUGGUAGAACAUUUAUCUAAAUUAGGCACUGUUCAUAGAAUCACAGAAAAGGGUGAUAUUAGGGUACAAUAUGAAAACUGCCCAAAUAGAUGGACAUUUCAUCCAGCUGCACUGGUUAAAGUUCUAUCGUUUCGAGUUGGUGAUUUGGUUACUAUAAUUAAUGAUUCAGCAAAAGUUCAACAAUUGCAAAAAGGACAUGGAGAAUGGAUUGAAUUGAUGCGUUAUGCGCUUGGUAAACUAUGUAAAGUAAUCAAAGUGUACUCUGAUGGAGACUUACGCAUUGAACAAUUGGACGAUGGAUUUGAAUGGACUCUCAACCCUAAAUGUGUCAAGCUGGAAAGAUCUCCACUUGCAACAGCAGCGGAACGCUCUAAUAGUAUGAUGGACUUAAGUCACAGAAGAACAGAUCAUGUUAUGACCCCUUUGUCUGGGUUAUCUGGUACCUCAAUGGCAGAUAAGCUUGUACGUGAGGCUGCGCAAGGUCACAUAGAGUUUGUCCAGCAGUAUUUAGAUGCGCACCCAGAUCAGGUGAACGUUAUGAGUGGCGGAAAAGCAUGUAUUCAAGUCGCAGCUCAUCAGGGUUUUGUAGAUAUUGUCAAAUUAGUUAUAAGUAAGGGAGCAAAUGUAAAUGUUGUAGACAAAGAAGGCGAUUCUGCAUUGCAUUAUGCCGCAUUUGGAAACCAACCAGACACAAUGCGUAUUUUAUUACAAAAUAAUGCAAAUAUUAACUUUUUAAACGCCAGCCAUUGCUCUGCAUUGCAUAUUUGCGCACAUAAGAAAACACCUCAUUGUGUUCGCGAGCUGUUGUCGUUCGGUGCAGACGUAAAUAUUCAAGACUCAUAUGGAGACACGGCAUUGCACGAUGCUAUCGGAAAGGAAAAUACCGAAGUAGUUGAACUAUUGUGCAAUGCACCGAAUCUUGAUUUUACAAUGAAAAAUAAUAGAGGUUUCAAUGUUCUUCAUCAUGCAGCCCUUAAGGGCAAUUUAGUAGCUGCGAAACGAAUUUUGCAGCUGUCUCGACAGCUGAUUAAUGUAAAGAAGGAUGAUGGUUUUGCAGCCCUUCAUUUAGCAGCGCUAAAUGGGCAUGCACAAGUUGUGGAAACACUUAUAAAAGAUGGUCAAGCUGAAAUUGAUAUCCGCAACAACCGUCGACAAACACCUUUUUUAUUAGCUGUUUCGCAAGGACAUUCAGCUGCAAUAGAAAAACUAGUUAAACUUGGGUGCGAUAUAGCAGCUCGUGAUGAGGACGGAGACAAUGCAAUGCAUUUAUGUGUCAUCAAAAAGUCUAAUCUGUUGCAAGCUUGCGAACCGACAGUGGAUGACUGCCCAGAUAUUUUUGCAGUCUUCGAUAGUUUGGAACAUAUACAUGAGGACCGCAUAAUGUAUUCUGUACUUUGCUAUUUGUCACGUUUAGGCUGUCGAAUAGAACAGAAUAAUAAAGGGGUAAAUAUUUUCGAGUGGAUUACCGAUACAAAUUUAAAAAAAUUAGUUUUGGGAACACAGCCUACCGCGACAACUUUACAUACCCAAAUGUAUAAUACUGCGGCAUCGACAAGUUCAGCAGCUACCAAUACUUUAACAGAUAGGCUUAUUCAAAAUAUUCAAGAGUUAAAUUUGGAGUCCAAUGAGUCAGUUGGUGCAAUUGCUUUUAAUAGGCUGUCAGCAAACGAUGAUGCUGUUUUAAUGUUAGAUAAACCAUCUAGCUCAAAUCAUAAUCAACUGCAAAGCUUAUCAUCUAAUAUAACCACUGGAAUGCAAUCAACACCAAAUAUGAAUACAAAUAACAAUGAUGCCGAUGAACCAGAGUCCUUAAAUUUGGAAUCGUUAACCCAUAAUACUCCUGUAAUAUUGUCAACAACACCCCAAGAAUGUAUUGUUUGUAAUGAAACCUUACUAUUAAUUAAAUUCGAACCUUGUCAACAUCAAAUAUCAUGUGAAGACUGCGGCAAACGCAUGAAGAAAUGCUUGCGGUGCGGCACUCAAAUCGAGAGAAGAAUGGAUUGCAAUGGACGUAUUAUUUCGAAUACAGACAUAACAAAUUUGCCGUCGGCUGACAGGCUUCGCUAUUUGGAAAAUAAAAUACAGGAAUAUGAAGAAUCGCAUUAUUGCAGUAUAUGCAUGGAAAGAAGUCGUGACGUUGCUUUUCUUUGCGGACAUGGUGCAUGUUCACGUUGCGCUGAAACUUUGCGAACAUGUCACAUGUGUCGCAAGACAAUUCUGAAAAAGAUUAACUUGUACUAGGUUUGCAUAAUCUAAGCGAUCAUCAAAGGAGAUGCUUAAUGAUAAUGACCUCUUACACCACUACAUAUUUAUCUGCAGCAUUUCUUUGGGACUUCACCUACAUACAUUAACAGUUUUUACCAUAUGCAUUAGCCUAUUAGACACCAUUGCACCAUUGACAUGCGCCCAUAGCCAGUGACCAAGUGCAAUCGGUUGUUUACAUGUACACCACACGAAUGUCAAAAUCAAGCUAUUGAGAAACAAACAUUUUAAUCAGUUGCUUUGUUAUCUUUAAGCAGGAUAGGGUCAUGUCUUUUGUGUACACAAAAUAAAGACAAUGGCCCAUAAUCAUAGUCAAACACUAAAGUCGUUUCUUUUUAAAAUCAACUUUAAAAUAAAAACCAGCUUUUUAUUAAUAUGCAACCAUAGUCAAAAUUAAAGCAUGUUUUAAAUUGAACCGACUUUAACUGGGUGCCACCGCAAAUGUAGAAAAUGUUUUCAUACAAUAUACAACAAAAAACAGACAAGUGGCAACGCUGUACAGCUGACAUACAAAAUUAAAAAAAAACGUAAACAAUAAAAGUAACCGGGGACAUCCAAAGAAAGAAAGUUGUUUGUUGUGGAAAAAUGGAAAAGAUAAGACUAAUUAAUAAUAAUUACGAUAUUUUGGGGUAUAAAUCAAGAUCAGCGAAACAGCUUGCAUUUUUAUAAUUUUUUUGGUGUUGAUAGCUCUCAUAAUUAGAAGCACAAAAACGUUAAUAUUUUUGCCUGCUCUCUCUUAGUUUAAGAGUUAUAGGAAUUUAAAGUCAAUACAUAUAAUUGUACAUUUCUCAUAUAUUUGGAACACAAACUGAUCGUUAUGGGUAUCAUUGAAUAGUGCUUCACUAUACCUUUAAUAUGAUAUAUAAUAUGGUACAGUUUAUUAAUAUUGUGAACUAAAAAUUCCUUUUUGAAUUUAUAUGACAGUACUUCAGAAAAUUUUGAUAUACCGGAAAAGUGAUUUUAGCGAAGCCGGUGUUCGAUACACCCCAGAGUUAAAAGUCCCUUCACCCGGCCGAAGACCGACAAUACAGAAAAUGUGAAUAUUAACAGAAAAAAAAAAUAUGAAAAUAUAAACUGUUACGGAGAUCUUGAUUUGUUCCUAUUUUGGUACUAAUGUUAUUGAUAGCUGUUGAAUAAUUGCAAAAUCUCUAACAAUAUCUUGUAACUUAAACAUUUUUUACUUUGUGACGAACUUUUUUACUCGGCGAAGAACAGCAGAUGCUGUUGUUAAACGAGUUAAAAAUAACUUCAGCUAGUUUUAUAUUUAGAGUCGACUUCAGCGUCAGAAGUAUACUACAACUUGUCUAUGAUAGACCUAAAGUCCACUCUUAAGUAAAGUCGAGUUUAAUUCUCUUAAAAUGUACUUUAUUUUUGACUAUGAUUAUGGGUCAAUAUCACAGCCUGUUAUUGUACAUUUACUGUGUAUCAAAAAGUGCAAGAAUACAGUUUAAUCUUUCUCUGCGCUGACCAAUGGUCUAAACAUACAGCCGUAUUCAAAACAAAACAACAUUCUAAUUAACGAGCAGCUAACUUUUCAGUACUGACAUUUACUAUGAAAACGUUAUCUACAGCAUAGUUAGCAUUAGUUUUUUCGUUAUAAAUAAGGUUAAUCGUAUCUUAAGUUUAAUCUUAUAUUAUAUGUUAAACUCCUCUAAAUUUAUUUAUUUAUUUCUACAAAAUUAUUAACUUCAUAAAAAAUAAAAAAUUGGUUAUAGAUACUGUUCUA